CAUCGCUGGACGACACAAGGUGAGGCUCUGGCGGCGGGAUGGCGGUGACACAACUCCUGUCGUGCGCUCUGCUGGUGAUCGCCGUCGGCGCCGCCGCAGGAUUUCAGGAGGGCCUGCGGGGACACCAGAUCUGGGAGCUUCCUUCCUCCAUCCCCGCCGCCCUUGAGGACCUCCUUCGCGAUGGCCUCCUCGACUCCCUGAGCCAUUCCAAGUCCCACAGGAAAGUCCACGUCCCUGUGGAGGGCCUGGACAACGCCCGCCGCAUCCUGAAGGAGAGGGACGUCGAGUUCAAGGUCUUGGUGGAUGACCUGGCGGAGCACUUUCAGGGCGAGAGGCGGCGGCGGAGGGAGGUCGACACGCGCGCGGCCGAAUCCUGCACCGAAAACUCGUGUCCUGCACCGCUCUCGAACGCCUACAUGACCUUCACGCAGAUGGAGUACUACCUCCGCGAGAUCAACACCACAUACGCUCCUCGAGUCUCCGUCAAGUCGAUCGGCAAGUCGGUCGAGGGUCGGGACAUCUGGAUGGUCCACGUGCGGUCGGGAGGCUGCGCUCAAGGUAACACACAGCCGCAGGUCAGCCUCCGACACCCAAGGAUCGCCUUCUGGAUGAUGAAACGUCGAGCUGUGUGGAUAGAAGGAGGUCUGCAUGCGCGGGAGUGGAUCUCGCCGGCGGUGGCGCUGCGGCUUGUGGCGACCCUGGCCCAGCAGUGCUCCGUCACGCAGGCCAUCGACGUGUACAUCGUGCCGAUGGCCAACCCGGACGGCUACGUGUAUUCGUGGGCGUCGAACCGGCUGUGGCGCAAGAACCGGAGGCCGAUCUCCGGCGGCAGCUGCGACGGCGUCGACCUCAACCGCAACUGGAGCUACCGGUUCGGCGUCGGCGCCUCCAGCAACCCCUGCAGCGAGGUGUACAAGGGGCAGACCACCUUCUCGGAGCCCGAGACGCAGGCGCUGAGGGAUGCCAUGACGGCCGUCGCCAACGGCGGGAACCUGGAGCUGGUGGUGGCCCUGCACAGCUACGGCCAGGUGCUCAUGUACCCGUGGGGGUGGACGGCGGAGGAGGCGCCCGACACGCCCGCCAUGAAGAGAGUCGGGGAGAUGUUCGCCAGCGCAGCCGAGGAGAGCUCCGGCACCGUCUACAGCGUCGUCAACUCCGCCAGCGGCUUCUACUACGCCUCGGGCGCCACCGACGACUGGGCCAAGGGCGUCCUGCAGUCCAAGUACGUCUACACGCUCGAACUGCGCGAUGAAGGUGCCUUCGGCUUCUACCUGCAGGCGAGCCAGAUCCUGCCCACCGCCGAGGAGGUCUGGCAGGGCCUCCGUAUGAUGUUUCUGGCGCUGACGCCGGAGAAGGCCCCGGCGGGGUCGCAGUAGGCUUAGCUUGGUCGAAGAGGGGGAGGAAGCGACGGAAACGAGCAGGAAACAAAACGAAAACAAGAUAGCAAUUAGUUAAAAAAAAGGAAAAAAGAUAAGAACAAAAAAUCAAAUCCUUACGUUAAAAGAAAAAAGGGAAAAAUAGAUGAGUCAGGAAUAAAAGACAGCGACUGCAAGAUGCAACGAACCGCUGCAAUGUCCCAAGGAAACAGCAAGCAUUAUUGCAGGCCUUUUCCUAUUCCAGAAUCACCGCAGGGCAGGAAAACAGGCAAUCAAAUUCAACUUGUCUAAAAAGCUACAAAAUCUGAAAAUUUGCUGAAGUCUUUGUUACAUGAAUGAACUUCAUUAACUUGAAUAUGAUUAUUCCUGCCAAGAGCAAAUAAAGUUCCUGUUCCGUUC